AUGACGGGAGGAAGUGCUGAUCCCGCAAAUAGUAAUGCAGGGGAUCGUCGCAACGACAUCUUGGAACUCGCACGAGCCAUUCGGGAAGCCGACAAUCAGAAGGCGCAACUGCCAAAAGUACAAGUUCCCCUCUUCGAUGGCACCAAUGCCUCAGCAUGGGCGGCCAAGUUUGAGCAAUUGGGCAGUUGUUGUGAAUGGACGAGUGAAAAAAUGCUUGAAAUGGUGAAGCGAUAUUGUAUGGUCGAGUACAAAGAAGAAGUGUCGAAGUUGGUGCAAGCCUCGCACGACUGGCUGGACUUCAAAGCAAAGUUAUUGGACAAGUACCAAUUGGGGGAUCAACUGCUCAACCUGGCGGACUUACGAAAAGUGCAAGUUGGGCCGUGCGAAUACUCGGCGCUCAUUGACGAUGGGGCUGAAAUGAACAUUAUACGUGAAAGAGAAGCCAUGGGGCCAGGAGUAAACAUCAAUCGAGCAGAUACUGGAUUUCAGGUGGGUGCAAGUGGGAUAACUCCCUUUUGCGGAAUGACGAGUGACAUGACGAUACAAGUUGGCAAAGUCAAAGUCCGUUCAUAUUUCUAUGUGCUACCCAAUGUUGAGCAUGCCGUGUUGCUGGGCAGAGCUUUUCUCUGUCGAUCAGAAUCCAUCAUCUUCAACAAGCAUGAUGGUACUAUGAUCGUGGUUUUGUGCGACCCYGUAUGUGGCUAUUACGAGGUGAUGAAGUGUGAGAACACAGGACCAACCAAUUCAAGGAACCGACUCAAUCCGGGAUCCUACUUCUUCACGGAAUCCGGAAGACUUAGGAGGGAGAAGGAAUCCAUCGGAGAAGAGAGCGAUCCCCUAAAAUUUUCUCUUGCUCUGCCCAACAUCUCUCAAGGGAUCGAGUUCGUUGCGACAGACUCGUCCGUGGACCCCAAGUUGGUCCAAACGCUGACAGAGAUUGUGGCAGAAGAAGGCGAGACUGGUAAAAUGUAUCUUACUUAUCGGCCCGACAGGUCUUCGGAAGGUGAUGUAUUGACGGAGCCAGCAGCCAAGCAAGGGUCUUUUUUAGAGGUGGACGACUUGGAGUUGGUGCGAAACCGAAGGGCUGAAUCUGGUACCGAUCCGAUGAGUGCAGAAUGAUUGUGAAUUUUGGCUUCGAGGGCAUAACUCGUUUAAUAGU